GAAAAAUUCAGCAAGGAAGUCCUGCUCAGAUGACAGUGAGCAUUCUGUGCAUACAGGUCAAUGUGCUGUGUGAACAUACAUACCAGCUUUUGUACCGCAUAUUGACCUCUCUUUUUUAAUACCACAUAGUUUGUUUUUCUGUCCAUGUGUCAAAGAGAAUUUAUAGACUUUUACUUUUUUUAAACUGUAUUUUCCUUAGUUGUUUUGUGAGAAUUCUGACCUAAGGUUGAAAUGAUGGGUAGUUCUUCUUCUGUACUGCAGGAUGUCUGUGAAUACUGGGGAAAGCCCAGCUCUGUACUUCUAGGACUCGGUGCUCUUUAUAUCUGCUUCUACUGGAGAUGGGUGCCAAAGAGACCUCUUCUUGUAACUGGCAGGCAUUUUGCUUCUUUUCUGGAAAAGAACUGUCCUAUCAUUAAAGAGAAAUACUAUCCAACACUUUGGUGUGUGGAAGGCCAUUUACAAACCUUGGUGCGGCCAUUAAUGAAGUCAAGGCCUAGAGUGACCUACAGAAAUGAACGGAUCCAAACACCAGAUGGAGGUCAGAUCUCACUAGAUUGGUUGGAUAAUAUUUGCAGCCAAAAAUAUUCAGACUCUUCCUCAAGGCCUACUGUAUUGAUCCUGCCAGGGAUAACCGGAACCAGCAGAGAAACAUAUGUGCUGUAUAUUGUGCAAGAGGCUGCAGUCAAGGGCUACAGGGCAGUUGUUUUUAAUAACAGAGGAUUUGGAGGUGCAGAGCUGCUGACCCCCCGUACCUUUUGUGCUGCCAAUACAGAAGAUUUAGAGACUGUGAUCAAACACAUAAAGGCACUAUAUCCUCAAGCACCUUUGAUGGCUGUGGGUGUCUCCAUGGGAGGGAUGAUUCUGUUAAACUACCUCGCCAAAACAAGGACAAAGUCAGACCUUCUAGCUGCACUAACAUUGUCUAUCUGCUGGAAUAGCAUAGAGUCUACCAUUUCAUUGGAGAAACCCCUAAACCAUUUCUUAUUCAACUCUUAUCUGGCAUCCAGUUUACGCAACACCAUUAGCAGGCACCGCAAAGCAGUGGAGUCAAAAGUGGAUGUAGAUUUUGUACUGAAGGCCCGUUCAGUUCGAGAGUUUGAUGAGCGAUGCACCUGUGUUAUGUUUGGGUAUAAUACAUACCAGGAGUACUACCAUGAUGCUAGCCCAUACUACAAGCUCUCUGAUAUCCUUGUUCCUGUUCUGUGUCUGAAUGCUGCAGAUGACCCCUUUGCUCCCUCCCACACAAUACCAGUUGACACUGUGCGGAGCCAUCCUAACAUUGCCUUACUUGUGACGUCACAUGGUGGCCACAUUGGUUUCUUAGAGGGCAUGUUUCCACGACACAGGAACUACAUGGACCGGGUACUUGCACAGUUUAUUACAGCGGUUUUUGAACACAGGGAUGAGUUGGAAGAUGUCUGCAAACACUUCUCUAGCUGACCCAGGAAAAUACCUGUCACUGUCUUAAGCAGGGUUGAGCUGUUUAGGAGAAAGUUUAGUUUUACUGAUAAACUUGUAUAUACAUAUAUCCAGGUCUAUAAAGUUUAGCAGUUUUCUAAAAAAAAUAACAGCAGAGCAGUGCCAGACAUGAGUAAUCUUGUCUAGCUAGAGCUAUGCAAAGAGAUUGCCAUAAAGACAAGAGAUUCCACUUGUAGCCUGGGGACAGUGGUAAUCAUCAUGUUUGGCUUCCAUAGCUAAUGCUAAGUUAUAUUUAUGUGAAUUGAAAUGAUGUUGAUGAGAACAUGACUAGACAUUUUACAGUAAUGUACCUGUUUCUUAAGUACAUCAUUAGAAAUGCCUAAAAAUGCUUUUUAUUUUUAUUUUUUUUUCAAAGCUCUUAUUUGCUUCUAUAUGUGGUAGGCAAAUUGCACUUAAUGUGUUCUGUUAAAGUUUGAGCCCUUUCUGGAAACAAAGACCUGGUGGAACUUCCCCCAUGUCCAUGCUACAUUAACUUGUAAGGUAGGGCAAUGCUCUGGUCAUUUAUUCUGGGUAUCCCCCUAUACACAACAAGAAUGAUGAAACUGUAUUGCAUGACUGUCUUGCUUCUUUUGGGCAUGCAUUUGAAAAUGAGGUUCUUAAGGCUAGCCUGCACUCUACUUAACAGUUACAAUGUAGACACCCAAUUCUUCUGAAUUAGAUUAUACUGGCUACUGACCAGUUCUGACAUUUAUUUAUUCAUUCAUUUAAUUAUUUUAUUUUACAUUGGUUGACCGGGGAAGUCCAGCUGGGCACAAAAACUGCUUUUCAGCAGAGGCCUGGGGAGAAAGCUCCAGUAUAUGCAGUACAAACAAAAUGUUUUAAGUUAUACAAUACCAACAUUAUCAGGCAGACAACAAUUUAAAAUACGUUUUACAAUGUCAAAAUAAAUAAGAUAGUGAUAGUAACUAUACAUAAAGUAUUACUCUAUAAUCAAAAAGAAACCUAAGAUUCAUUGUUGGUGUUACGAGCUGUACUGUCAUUUCUAAUUAGCUCACUGUUUUUUCUGAAGUUACUUGGAACUCUAUCCACAUAUUGUGUAUAUGUAUAUGUUUCUGUUAUGUGUAUGUAUAUAUACAUAUAUGUAUACAUUAAGAUGAUAGAAUAUGUACUUGUUUUAGCUGUGCUAGACAACCACUAUAACUUGGCCAGUAAAUCAGUAAACCACUUAAGUAAUUACGGAAGUGACUGAUAGAAUGUUUUAAGUGAUUGCCUUGCCAACCUUUGCACUGUUACAGGAAGCAAAAGCACUAUUACCUACUGUGUUUUAACUGUAGUAAUGAGAAACAUUUUUGACAAGAAAGCACUUGAAUUUUUUUUAAUUAAUUAAAUUAACCUGAUCAUGCAAAUAAAGAAAAAUUGAAACAG